UCGGCGAGCAGAUGGCAGUGUAAUCUCAUUUCCGGUGGGAAUUGAGAAUGAAAGAGAAUGACGUCAAGAUGGUUAGAAGGUGAUACAAUGGUGUUGAAAUGUAUGAUUAUUUAUGGUAUUUCAGCAGUGACUUUGAAGGGAAAACCGUGACGAUAUAAUGAAAAUGUUUUUGAACUUACAAGGUUGUGGUGUGGCUUGUUAAUUGACAUCGGAACUUUCCAGUAAAUUACUAAGUGUCUUAAUAAGUAUGCCAGCCAGACGAAUAUUUAGUUCUCAGUGAUUGGAAGGCUCUUUCCUAUAAACCAUUCUGUUCAUUUUACAAGGAGUGCGGAAAACCGUGUGACGUGUAUAUAUAUAUGCAAGUAUUAAUUUAGUUACUUAUAUUUUAGUUUAAUUUGAAGCAGAACAGCAUUAUUACAUGUCCCAAGGUCUGCCACAUUAUUUUGUUUGUUUUUUAAUAAGCAUGGGUGGUGCAAGUGAAUGAUUAGCAGAGAACAGCCAGUUGGCUUGUCCUUAUCUCUCACUUUGCCCCUUAUCUGCAGACACCCUACCAUCUUCUGUCAAUAACAGCCUGCAAAUUAUAUUCUGACAGGCAGUACAGAAAUGGAUAUUUGUAAUGAAACAGUGUUAUCUACCUUCAUGCAAGUGUCAGUGUUACAUGAGAAUUGUUUACUACAGUGAAUGCUGUUGCAGGAUGAAACAUAACAAUUGUGAAUCAUAAAUCAAUGUUAAAUGUUAUCAUUAUUGCUAGGGACAGUGCAGCUUAAUCAGUUAUUGUGAAGGUAAACUUCACUUUAGUAGUGCAUCCAAUUGUUGCGAAGGUAGUGGACGUCUCUUCAGUAGUGAGUGCGUCACCAUUGUGCUUGAUGGAAGUUCUGUACAUGAUGACGGAGGUGGCGGGGGGGCCUGGCAGUGGGGGGGUUCCACCGACUGCCAACAUAGUCAAGGAGGGUUGGCUCUUCAAACGAGGGGAACACAUCAGGAACUGGCGCUCCCGCUACUUUGUGCUGCUUGAUGAUGGCUCGUUGAUCGGCUUCAAGACGAAGCCAGAGCAUAACCUGAGCGAUCCACUCAACAACUUCACUGUGAAAGGCUGUCAGAUCAUGACUUCUGACCGCCCCAAGCCCUAUACAUUUCUCAUACGAGGUCUGCAGUGGACCACUGUCAUCGAGCGAACAUUUCACGUUGAAUCAGACAAGGAGAGGGAGGACUGGGUUGUUGCAAUUCGCUAUGUGGCUGACCGAUUGGCAGAGUCAGAAGAUGUUGACAUGGCAUCUGCUGACCGCACAGGCCAGUGUAGUGAUGGUUAUGAUGUGUCAACUAUAGAUGAACUGAGUGCGAAGUUUUCGGUGCAGGGCACGUCCAGUAGCAAAUCAUCUGGCAAGAAGAAAGUGACACUAGAGAACUUUGAAUUCCUCAAGGUGCUAGGAAAGGGCACAUUUGGCAAGGUAAUAUUGUGCCGCGAGAAGGCAACAGGCCACUUGUACGCCAUCAAGAUUCUCAAGAAAGAGGUCAUCAUUCAAAAAGACGAAGUUGCGCACACCCUCACCGAGAACAGGGUCCUGCGAACCACAAAUCAUCCUUUUCUUAUAUCACUCAAGUACUCGUUCCAAACUGCAGAUCGCCUGUGUUUUGUCAUGGAGUAUGUGAACGGAGGAGAACUGUUCUUCCAUUUGUCGAGAGAACGUGUUUUUACUGAGGAAAGAACUCGGUUCUACGGUGCAGAGAUCAUCUCAGCGCUUGGAUACCUCCAUGAGGAAGGAAUCAUUUAUAGAGACCUCAAGCUGGAAAAUCUGCUUUUGGACAAGGAUGGACACAUCAAGAUUGCAGACUUUGGACUCUGUAAGGAAGACAUCACAUAUGGUAGAACCACCAAAACUUUCUGUGGGACUCCAGAGUACCUUGCCCCAGAAGUUCUGGAUGACAAUGACUAUGGACGAGCAGUGGACUGGUGGGGUAUCGGUGUUGUGAUGUAUGAAAUGAUGUGUGGACGUCUGCCAUUUUACAACCGGGAUCAUGAUGUUCUGUUCCAGCUCAUACUCAUGGAGGAGGUCAAGUUCCCACGCACAAUCUCAAAUGAAGCCAAGGAUAUGCUCGGGGGUUUACUGGUUAAGGACCCAAACAAAAGACUUGGAGGUGGACCAGAUGAUGCAAAAGAAAUCAUGGCACACCCGUUUUUUAGUUACAUCAAUUGGACUGACUUGCAGCAAAAGAAAAUCCCACCGCCUUUUAAGCCUCAGGUGACUUCAGACACAGACACGCGGUAUUUUGACUCAGAAUUUACAGGUGAGUCUGUAGAACUGACACCUCCAGAAAACCCUGGGCCUCUCAACAGUAUCGCAGAAGAGUUGGAACAACCAUACUUCCAACAGUUCAGCUACCAGGAUCUGGGUUCGACGCUCGGAAGCUCCGCUGCGAUUAGUGCCAGUAGCAGCUCUCUUGCUCACAGUGCCACCAUGCAGUGAAUGUGUGAACAGUUUUGUGUGGUUGGCAGUAUGGUGUGAUUGUUUUAAUGAGAGGCAAGCUUAAAAAAUGUGAUGAGUCCCAUUUGUUAGCAAUUUGCUUUGCUAAAACAUUUUAUAGAAGAGUUGCUUAAUACACUUAGUUUUACAUACAAACUGUGCAAUGUGAAUUCUAUACCGGUGACUGCUGAUUGAGAAACAUUGGAGUGUCUCAUAGAUCAUAAUAAUUUUAACAGAAUCUGCUUUGCUGCAUAAUGGAACUAUGCAUCAUUCUCAAACUAUGGAGAAAUGACAGGUGGCAAACAUUUGAUAAUUAUUAUCUUGAAGGCCUAAGUGAAGCCGUUGUCUAUUGUACAUAAAAUGUGAAUAGUGUCAAGACUGCAUUGUGUAUGAAACAAGUGAAUGGUGUUGAAGGUAGACUGAGAGUUUUGGUAGUUCAUCUGGAUGCAGCCAACUUCAGUCCCAACAUUACUAGUACUGUUUUAAUUUUAUUUUAUCUUCUGUUUUCUUUCUCCGGUGUCUGUGAUCAUUUAUUUGCUUUUACAACAUUUUUCAGAAGACUUUUGCCCAUCCCACAGGAAGAAGUUCUUUCCAGUUUUGCCUGGUGAGACAUUGCAUCUUUGAGAUAAUUGUCACAGUAGUGUUUAAUUUCUGUAGUAGUGGGUGUGUUAUGUACCUGAAAUUUAGCAAAGAUUUCUUGUAAGACAUAUUUAAGUUGACAAUUUAUUGUUUCCUUCUCAAUAACAACAGAAUCCUAAGGGAUGCAGGUAUCCACCAUAUUAGUACAGCUAAUACAAGUGAAGCAAUUUUAAAGGCAUCAUAAGUUGUACACUGAAUCAAGAGCCCCAUCUAUUCGUAUCCAAAAUUGUGAACAUUUUAUUUCUGUAGUACUGUGAUUAUUCAUAAAUAUUUUCCUGGUAGCGUGGAACUCAAAGUUUCAUCACUACAGCCACAAAAAAUGCCGCUGAAUUACGACUUGAGCCCUAGAAAGUAAGCGUUCAAGUUGUCACUGUGCUUAAGCACUAUGUCAUGAGGGCAUGUAGGAGAGUGGAAGUGCCCCCUACCCUCCGAAGGAAAUAGCAUCAAGUAUCCAUUGGAUAAGGGGCUGGGUGGGACAAGAAUCAACCCCCUUUGUUAGUCACUCUACUAAUAAAGUUAUCCUGACUUGUAUUUAUAGAGUCCAAACAAAAUUUUGUUCUCCCACUGAAAUGAUGGUUAUGUGUCCUAGAAGUUGAAGAGACGUGUGUUCGUAUAGAUUCAUAUUGUAAUAAUUCUUCCACUUUGCAUUUGAGCAUAAAUGUGUCAUUUCCAGGAAAUGAGUACAAGAAAUUCAUUUUGCUAUGGGUGUAAUACUGUUGGCAUGAGAUUUAUUUUAGCCAGAUUCUCUCAUGUCACACUAAUACAAACUAAAUUGGUACUUUUCUAAAAUUGUAAUUCUUUCUGCCAGUUCCUGAAAUAUAAUUGAUGUUUGUGUGAUUGUUUCUUUAUGCCAUGAAUCCUUUUAUUUCAUUUGACAAAAAAAUGGGAUAAUAACACAUAUUAGAGCGUAGAAUAUUUAUUAGAGAUCUGUAUGUUAGAAGUUUUAUUUCGGAAGACAUUUGAAAAUGUCAUAUUCAUUUGCUUACGAAUAUGCACCAAAGAAAUCCCAUUUCUGUUGCCUAAAUUCAUAUUGUCCUUAAAUUGAAUUAUUUGAUUGUUAAUUCAGGAAUGAAAAUGUAACAUAAAAUUUAGAAUUUCAUUUGACAUUCCUUUUAUCAACACUUAAUAAUAUGACAAGAAAUAUUUACUGUAUUGAAUUUUAUGAGUACCUUUCUCUAAAGCUUUAUUGGGCUUUUGAAUCUGGGCUAUUGUGAAACAAUAGUUGGCAGGUUGUGAGAAACUGAACAGUGCAAGAGUAAAUAACUCCAUUAGAGCAUAGUUAUUCUUCAGAGGCUGACAGUCACUCGGCUAGUCGAGAAACUCCCCACUUUCUGUGGGCUCAGAUGUUUAUUAUUGUGUUCAUAAGAACCUGUAAGAUUAGUGAGGUAAAACCAGAAAUCUUAUAUAUGCUUUGAAGUAAUAUAAAAACUGAUCAUUUUAUUUCAACCAGAAGCAUUAUUUUGGCUUUAAUUUCAGUUGUCCCAGUUAACAUGGAACCUGCCAUGACGACAUGCUGCAGUCGCAGUAAGCAAACUACUGGGAAGUGAUUUAGUCACAAUGCAGAGCAUACUUGUCACAUGCUAAUAGGUGGGUUCCAAGUUAUGUGGGACACCGUCAUUCCUCAUAUGAGUUCUACUUCACAUUUGGCGUAACUGUCUUCAAGGAGUCGUCAAAUUUUUACAUGUGUCCAUAUUUGUGAAUUUUUGUUAUUUCUGCAUUUCAGAAAUAAUGUAUUGAAUUAUGGAUGUCAUGUGUAACGUAUGCUUGUCGUCUGGGUAGAACACUAGGGGAGAACAUUAAGGAAUAUACUUUAAACAUAAUGAUGAGAACAUGUCCCAUACAUCUUUGACAUUAUGCAAUACAUAUUUUUGUAAUUGUAACUGAAAUGCAGAUGCUGCAUAAGUAAAAAAGAUUUUUUUUAAUGUUUCUGCUAUGAAAAUGUUUAUGGAAUUCUUAGAACUGACUGUGAAAUAUGAAGUACUUUUUUAUGUUUAUGAGGUAACCAGUGGAUGAAGCUGUGGUAUUCUCUUAGCUUAUUUAGAAUUCUGAGUUUCCUUACAUAAAAGGAUUUUUUAGACAAAAAUUGUGAGUAAUUUUAAGAGAUAUUUAAAGAAAUGUUUCUUUUGAGAAUGUGUAAUGAAAUCAUAAUUUUAAGAAAAUUUAUUUGUUUUUACUGUGAAUAGUUUAUAAAGAAAUGGAUAAAUUGGUUGAACUGUGUAACACUAAGAGAUGAGGCAUGCUGUUGUCAUUUCUAAUGAGGUUCAAAAACAACUUGUUACGUCUGUGACUGUCUGAAAGUCGAGCUUGUUGUGCCGUCUACAAUUCUCUUAUUAAAUAUUCUAGUGCCAGUGAUUAUGACUAAAAUUUUACAGUUUAAUAUGGUUCUCUUGGACUUGUGAAAAAUCAAACUAACAGCAUAUCACUAUGUUUUCCUCUGCAUGAUUUUAUGGUCACUACAGAUUGCCUUAAACAUUUCCAAAUUUUAUUUAUUGCUACAUAUUAGAAGUUGUUUUGCAUUAUGACAAAUACAGUAUCAGUUUUAUUAUUAGCAAGAAUACAUCGAGAACACCGUGGAGUAUUGACUGUGUUGGUUGUCUAAAAGCAAGGUUAAUCUUUUGGAAAUAUUCCCCCCCUUGAUUUUUUUCCUUCUUAUUUUCUUGUCUAUUCCUUAUCACGUUAUCGGUUUGUGUUUUACAGCAUUGUGUAGGAUGCAAUGUAUACAAACAAUAUUGGAUUAAUGGUUCCUGAAACAUUAUGUAACACCUGUUUGUAAAGUACGUAGUAUAAGGCAGGGUUGAGUUCUUUCAAUCAAUCUGAGAUGUAUAAAUGAUUUAGACCUUCCUUUCUAAGUAUUGUAAAACUGUGUGCCUGUGCUAUUUUUCUUAGUUAGCUUUACCUGGCUAAUAAUAUAUAGUAGGGAUUACAAGUU